UAAAUACCCUCUCCCCUUCACUCAUUAAAGAAACAAUCCAGACAUCAUUAAUUAUGUCUUCGUCUCUACCACCUCGUCGUCUUCUUCCGCAGCUCCUACUCCUAUCCUUACUCUGCUCCCUCUGGUGUCGCUCUGUCACUGCAGCUUCAUGCCACAAGGACGAUGAGGCGGGUUUGCUGAGUUUCAAGUCUGCCAUUACGGCGGACCCCUCGGGAAUGCUCGCAUCCUGGAGAUCCGGCACCGACUGCUGCGCCUGGUCCGGCGUCGCCUGCGGCGAGAACAAACGGGUCACCACCCUCCAGCUUUACGGGCAACCCGACAAGCCCAAUGGCUUCUUGUCGGGUACACUCUCCCCGUCUCUCUCGAAACUCCAUUACCUGGUUGGAAUUUACCUCUUUAAUCUCCGGAAUGUUUCGGGUCCUUUCCCGGAACCGCUUCUCGGCCUGCCAAAUCUCCAGUUCAUCUAUAUCGAAAAUAAUAAGCUCUCUGGUCCGAUACCCAUAAAUAUUGGUUCCAUGACCCAACUUUAUGCGCUUAGCUUUGCUGGGAACCGGUUUUCUGGCCCGAUACCGGGUUCGAUAUCCAGCUUGACUGGGUUGAGUCAGCUCAAACUUGCCGGCAAUCUUCUCACCGGGACGGUGCCGGUCGGUAUAAAGCAGCUCAAGAACCUCACCUUCCUGGAUUUGCAGCGGAACCGACUCACCGGCGCCAUACCCGACUUCUUCACAUCGUUCCAGGAGCUCAGAAUUCUUAGGCUUUCUCACAACAAAUUUUCCGCGAAUAUUCCGGCAUCAAUUUCGGCGCUUGCGCCGCUUCUCAUUUAUCUGGAACUGGGUCACAAUGCUCUGACGGGACAAAUCCCUGCUUUUCUGGGAAGUUUCCACGCACUAGACACACUGGAUCUUUCAUGGAAUCGCUUAUCAGGAACCGUGCCCAAGAGCUUCGCAAAUCUGACCAAAAUCUUCAAUCUCGAUCUCUCUCAUAACGCACUCGUCGACCCAUUUCCGGUGAUGAACGUGAAAGGGAUCGAAUCGCUCGACCUUUCAUACAACCGAUUCCACUUGGGGAAAAUUCCUAAAUGGGUUACUUCUUCUACGAUAAUAUACUCUCUCAAGCUAGCAGGGUGUGGGAUCAAGAUAAAGCUAGACGAUUGGAAUCCAACGGAGACGUAUUUCUACGACUACAUCGAUCUUUCCGACAAUGAAAUAUGGGGCAGUCCGGUUAAGCUGCUGAACCGAACAGAGUACUUGGUCGGUUUCUGGGCGGCCGGUAACCGGCUACGUUUCGAUAUGGGGAGCCUGAAAUUUGCGGGGACCUUGAAGAAGUUGGAUUUGUCGCGAAAUCAGGUGAUGGGGAAGCUGCCGGCGGCCAUCUCUGGGCUUGAGACGUUGAACGUUAGCCACAACCAUUUGUGCGGUCAAAUACCGGCGGCGGCGGGGGCGAAAUUCCCGGCGAGUGCAUUUGCUGGGAACGAUUGCCUCUGCGGUGCUCCGUUACCACCCUGCAAAAUGUAGCUUAACCUUGCGCUACAGCCUACAGGGAGACGAAGUUGUGUGUUUAGAGAUGAGAUGCUUUCAUAAAGACAGAGCAUGCAACUUCCAGAAUAAUAAUAAGAACACGAAGGUUUCUUUGUUUCA